AUCUCGAGAUGGUGCGAUGAACCAAAAACACUUGAUCCACGCUCCGUGCUCUCCUGAGGAUAUCGACAGCGAUGUCAGCAACAAUGCGACGGACGUUGCUGUCCAGUGCUGCACGAUUACAGAUCAGAACACCUGUCUACACUUCACUGAAGUCUCGGCCAUUAUUCAGGAUCACCGUGCGAUAUUCCUCGACCGGGUCUUCAGAUGAGUGCUUCAAGAUCAACCCCGACUCCAUCACAAUCUUCGACAAAUCCUACCCCUCUGACACCUGGACCAACGUACCCCCCCAAAUCCUCUCCGCCCUCCCCCGGAAACUCCACCUCCAACCCUCCCACCCCAUCGGAAUCCUCCGUACAAUUGUGGAAUC